CGGACCAGCUGCACGGACCCCCCCUGGACUCAGCCGAGCCGAGCCAACCCGAGCCAACCCGAGCCGAGCCUGUUAGUCCGUCGGUCCGGAUGGAGGUUCCGCUGCUGGUUCUGAUGCUCUGCAGCACCGCGGCUCCGGGACACGCCGAACGGGUAUGUCACUGUAGCGGGAAGUCUCUCUGCCACUGUGAUGGGGUCAAAGGUCAAAAGGGAGAAUCUGGUUACUUCGGAUACGACGGACUUCCUGGAGUGAUCGGUUACCCCGGUAACGAGGGCAACCAGGGCCCACCUGGGGACAAGGGUGAUCUGGGAUCAGCCGGAGGUUCAGGACUCAAAGGCUCACGGGGUCUUCCUGGAAAACCGGGUUUUCCAGGACCUCCAGGACUGCCGGGACUCCCCGGACACGAAGGACACAUCGGUCUACCAGGAUUCCCAGGAUGCAAUGGGACAAAGGGGGACAUGGGCUCCCCAGGGUUUCCCGGAUAUCCAGGAUACGCCGGCCUCCAGGGUCAACAAGGACUACGAGGGGCAAAGGGUGACUCCAUUGUCUUCCCGCUCACUCGAGAUAUCAAAGGAGCAAUGGGACCACAAGGACGAGACGGAGAAGAUGGCUUGAGUGGAGAUCCAGGUGAACCGGGCCUGUCAGGACCGCCAGGACCCCCUGGACUUCCCGGAACUCUGGGGUUUCCAGGGUUACAAGGAGAGAAGGGUCAAGAGGGUCCGAGUCCGGUGAUACCAGGUCCCAGUGGACAGAAGGGGGAUCGCGGCCCACCAGGGAUCCCUGGACAGAAAGGAAUCAAACUGUAUGCCGAAGGACCGAAAGAACUGAAGGGAGAACCAGGUGACAUUGGAUUGAAAGGUUGUCAAGGACCUCCUGGUGUGCCAGGGAAACUAGGGGUUAAAGGAGAAAAGGGCGGGCGAGGCGAUCCUGGCUCACUAGGUAAACCAGGAAAGGAUGGACUCUUUGGAGAGCUGGGACAACAGGGAGUCCCCGGGGAUCGCGGGUACCUCGGUCCUCCUGGUAUUAAUGGAGCCACAGGAGAUAAAGGUGAACGUGGUUCUUCAGGUCUUCCAGGAGAGUUAGUUUUUAGACACAAUUUUCUGAAGGGCCAGCACGGCGUCCCCGGACCCCAAGGACCUAAAGGAGUCCAGGGAGAACAAGGGUUCAUUGGUUUUCCUGGACUCAAGGGGGAGCCAGACUGCUCUUAUUCUCUGGAGGCGUGGCCUCAACUGGUCCACCUGGCCCCCAAGGGCCUCCGGGCUUAUCCGGAGCCAAAGGAGACCCAGGAGGCCCGGGGCCCCUUGUCUUUGGGCCCCCAGGAAAGAUCGGAGCCCCGGGAGCUGGUGGAGCUAAAGGAGAACCAGGAGAACCGGGAAUACCAGUACUGUCUGUCGUCAUGCACCAACUGCCAAGUCAAAUUGCAUGUAUGUCUGACAUAUUGUGGCAAUAAACGAUUCCUGAUUCCUGAUUGUUCUUGGCCAGGUGAGAAGGGACAAGUGUGUUUGGUCUGUCAGCCGGGUCCCAGCAUCCGAGGACCUCCAGGUAAGACAGGAGUGCCAGGUGAAGACGGUGCACCAGGAUUAGUUGGUUCUCCAGGAGCCAAAGGUCACACAGGAGUCAAAGGUGUUAGAGGACCAAUUGGUCCACAGGGCCUCAUUGGGGAUCAGGGCCCCCCGGGACCAGAGGGACCCAUCGGUGACCUUGGCAUCAUGCAGAGGGUUGGGUGGAAGGGGGAGGAGGGAGACCGGGGGGAUUCAGGACUUCCGGGUCCAGACGGGAGAGAUGGAUCUCCAGGAUUUACCGGACCAAAAGGUGCUCUGGGACAGAAAGGGAACCCUAGCCCUCUGGGGCCAAAAGGCAACAUGGGGCCUUUCGGUGAGACGGGUUCCAGAGGACUGAUGGGUCAGCUGGGACCGCCGGGGCCGCCUGGAAUUGGGGAUCCAGGACCUCUAGGGUCUAAAGGCAACGUAGGGGUGCUAGGACCUCGAGGAGAUCCUGGGAAUCCAGGGGAAAAAGGUUCUCCAAGUGAAAUCAUGACCUCUCCAGGAGACCCAGGACCGAAAGGAGAGAAAGGUUCAUCUGGAAUCCCCGGACCAGAAGGUGUGACAGGACGUCUAGGUGCUUCAGGAUUCAUUGGUCCAAAGGGAGAGAAGGGAGAUAAUGGGUUCUCUGUCCAGGGGCCUCUAGGUUUUCCAGGGUUCAAAGGACUCAAGGGCCCCCCUGGAACUCCAGGUGUACCAAACUUUGGUAUAAAGGGACGUGCAGGGCCAUCGGGGCCCCCAGGAAUGCCGGGACCAAAGGGGAACAGGGGUAUCGGUUUUCCAGGUCAGCAGGGUCAGUCGGGCCCCCAGGGGGAAGACGGCUCCGUGGGUUCCCAAGGCGAUCCUGGACGCGAAGGACCAGACGGAGCUACGGGACCUUCGGGACAAGUUGGAUAUCAUGGACCCAAAGGUCGUAGCGGCCUGAAUGGUUUACCUGGUCCAGAGGGUAUUGUUGGAUGGUGUUUUCCUGGAGCUCCUGGACCCGAUGGAGAGCAGGGACAGACGGGCAUCAUCGGAUUCACAGGAAUGCGGGGUCUAAAGGGCAACAAGGGGGACCCUGGCCGGCCGGGCUUUGGGGCCCCGGGGCCUCAGGGGUCUUAUGGAGUCCAGGGGUUUGAUGGGACUCUGGGGCCAGUAGGGGUAAUUGGACUGAAAGGACCUAAGGGAGCCAAUGGAGAACCGGGAAUUACAGGCACCAGAGGAGACCCGGGUCCCCCGGGGGCCCUUGGGAGUCCGGGAGAUGAUGGGAAACCAGGAGAGACCGGAAGAGAUGGACCAAGAGGUGAGACGGGUGCAGACGGGUUUGAUGGUUCCCUGGGGCCUCAGGGGCCCCCGGGGGACCGUGGAGAACGCGGACCAAAAGGAUUCUGGACAGAAGUUAAUAUCUAUGGAGAUCCUGGAGAACCUGGAGCCCCUGGGCCCACUGGUUUCACCGGUAGCAAAGGAGAAAGUGGCUUUAUGGGGCCGCACGGCCUCGAUGGCAGAACCGGCAGACCCGGGGAGGACGGGGUGCGAGGACCACACGGAGACACAGGCAUAUGUGGAUGGAGAGGUCCUCCUGGUCCGUGUGGACUCAAUGGUAACCAGGGAGACAUGGGGAGGCCAGGUUUUAAGGGUGAGAAAGGUUGCACUGGGCCUUCUGGGAAACCGGGACCAGAUGGAAUACCAGGCCAAGCAGGAAUCAAAGGUUCUAAAGGAGAGCCAAGUCCUUCCGUAGCCGGGCCUAAAGGGCCUCCGGGAGCGAAGGGAAACCCAGGAUGUUCAGGAGGACCAGGUGCUAGGGGGGAACCAGGCGAUGUUGGAUACUUGGGUCCCUCCGGAGCCUGUGGCCCCUGUGGCCCCAAAGGAUCUCUUGGAGCCCCAGGAUGCAGAGGUUCUCCUGGGACUCAAGGUGAAAAGGGUGAAAUGGGUCCUCCGGGGAAAAAUGCCCCCCCAGGACCCGUUGGCCUCACAGGUGCAGAUUCAAUGGGGGCUCCUGGAGUUCCUGGUCCAGCUGGUUCCAGAGGAAACCAGGGACAGGACGGGAUACCAGGACCUCCUGGAGAAAAGGGAGCAAUGGGGGGUUCUGGAGCCGGACUCCGGGGCCCAGGUGGGAGGACUGGUCCACCUGGGUACCCCGGAGAGCAGGGUCCUCCCGGUGCUUGUGGUCCACCUGGUCCGAGUGGUCCCGCAGGAAACCCCGGUUGUUAUGGUUCUCAUGGACCUCCUGGUCCUCCUGGUCCUGUUGGCAAGGAGGGAACCUGCAUAGAGGGGAGCAAAGGCGACAACGGAAUCCCUGGAGAACACGGACGAAAAGGUCAAUCAGGCUUUAAGGGUCCUCCUGGUUCUCCGGGUCCUGGUUUUAAAGGAGAGAAGGGAUCUAAAGGAGCAACAGGUUUCCAAGGACCACCUGGUUCCGCUGGUGACCAGGGACCUCCAGGCAACCCGGGUGAAGACAGACCACCAGGGCCUCGAGGACCAGUAGGCCAGAUGGGACCCACAGGUGUCACCGGACCCGUUGGUAUCAAGGGGGAGCCGGGACUGGCAGGUUCCGUUGGCUCUCCGGGAUCUCCGGGGCCACCUGGGAGGAGAGGCACGAGGGGAGAGGACGUGCCCAUAGUUAUGCUGCUGGGAGACCAAGGCCCAGCUGGACCGCCGGGUCUCAAAGGAGAAAAAGGAACCCCAGGGGCCCGAGGGAAUCCUGGAGCUCCAGGUCUAAAGGGCGUCAGAGGGCCGGCUGGUAGGAGAGGACCUGCGGGGCAUCCUGGAGUUAAGGGGGAUCAAGGUGACCAAGGGGUUGACGGGUCAAAGGGGGCCGCAGGUCCGAAAGGUUCACUCGGUGCUAAAGGUGCUCCAGGCAGACCGGGUCCUUGCGGCUACCCACCGGAUACCAACGGCUUCAUGUUUACCAGACACAGCCAGAAUCUCCUUGUCCCAGAAUGCCCGGCGGGAUCCGCCGAGAUGUAUAGUGGCUACUCGCUGCUCUUCAUCAACGGGAACAACCGGGCGCACGGACAAGACCUGGGUUCACUCGGUAGUUGUCUACCUCGUUUCACCACCAUGCCCUUCCUGUUCUGUAACACCGACAGCACCUGCCGCUACGCUUCCCGUAACGACUACUCCUAUUGGCUGUCCACCGACCUGCCGCUGCCGAGCAGCGUGCCGCUAAUGUCCGGGGACUCACUGAGGAAUUACAUCAGCCGGUGUUCUGUGUGCGAGGCCAGAGCCAACGUGAUGGCGGUCCACAGCCAGACAAGCGUGGUACCGGACUGCCCCUCGGGCUGGGAUGCCCUUUGGUUUGGGUACUCCUUUGUCAUGGAGACAGGGGUGGGGGCCGAGGGGUCCGGUCAGCCUCUGGCAUCGCCCGGAUCCUGUCUGGAGAACUUCCGGAAGAUUCCUUUCAUCGAGUGUCACGGCAGAGGAACCUGCAACUACUACACAGACUCCUACAGCUACUGGCUGGCUGCCCUCAACCCCACCGACAUGUUCAGUAAACCGAAGCCUCAGAGUGACUCAGGAGACUUUCCAGCUCGUUUGAUCAGCCGCUGUCGAGUCUGUAUGAAGCAGCUGUGAAGUGAUACUACUGCUGAUACUACCACUGAAAAUACUACUACAACUGAAGCACCACAGAUGAAGAAGCUGCACUUCCUCUGGGUGUUCCUUCCAUCGUUAAGUUGUUUGUUUCAUAUUAUUUUGGAACCGUAGAUUGUAAACACUAACUAGCGAGGUUAUUAUGUGUUUUGGUAAACACCUCCUGAAGUCACUAAAUAUCAACAAUG